CACUAAAACCAUCACAAACAGGUCCCUAACUGGUGCAGCGUGAAGAUACAAUGUUACAAUCUGUAUCGCUAAGUGUCGUCACACGAAUGCUAUCAAAGCACAAUAAAACUACACGCAAACUUACGAAAGAGCUGUGAAAAUGUCUACACAACCUUUUGCGUACGAGAUAGAGUUCAAAUUUGAUUGAUGAGAAGUGUUUGUAAGUGUGUGGAUAAGUUUGUGUAUAGGUAAGCAUUGUUAUAGUUUCUUGUAUAAAUAGUUGAGGAGCUUUGGAUGUUACCAUUCGAAGAUCAAAGCUCAUUUGGAGUUGAUACUUGAUAAGGGUGGGUGUUUAAGGCUUUUUUAAAGGUUAAUUUACUUGAAGUAAAAGACUAGAUCGAAAGUGAAAGAGGUUCGAUUGGAAAAAUGCAUUCUAUUGAUCGGAAAAUUAAGUUUCUAUCUUAUGUUGUAUUAAGAGUUGUCGAUUAUAGUUUUACUUUCAUAUAAUUGUUUUGAAUAUUUUAGAUAAUUUUAGAUAAUUAUGUAAAUCAAUUAGUUACCCUUAAAAAUAUGUUAAGAUCUGUCUGAUUAAGAAAUAUCUACAAUGAUCAUUUAGGCUAACAAAAAUAAAUAUUUUUCUUUUACAGAAGUUUCUGGUAUUGGAUUAAAGCAGCAAAAUGAAGGUGUUCAUACCUCUUCUCUGUAUCGCGUCGCUGGUCCUAGCUGAACCUCCUGUUGGAGACGGCUACCCAUCAGCUCGCUCCAGUCACCACCACGAUCACGAUGACCAUGACCAUCAUGAUGACCACGACCAAGGCCAGGACUUCCAGAGAUCUCUCUCCCAGGAGUACGGACCACCAUCCAGGUCUUUCGGGACCUCUCGCAACGCUCUAUCCACUGAAUAUGGACCUCCGAGCACCAGAACUGCAGCUCGAUCCAGCCUUUCACAGACCUACGGAGUCCCAAGUUCAAAGAGUGCACCGUCCCAGGAAUAUGGGGUCCCUAAUGCUAGGAACCAGAUUCCUUCCUCCCGAAGCCUUUCAACAGAGUAUGGAGUCCCUGAUGCUCGCAGCGAACCCUCUGCGGAAUACGGAGUCCCUAAUGUCCGCUCUCCUUCUCAGCAAUACGGUCCCCCUGCAGCCAGGAAGGGUCUGUCUCAGGAAUAUGGUGUACCAUCUCUGAGGUCUGAUGCUGCGAAGACUCCUUCUACCCAGUACGGUGCUCCAGAAUUCCGGUCAGCUCCAUCAGAGGAGUAUGGCGUACCAUCUCAAAGAAGCUUCGCUGGUAGAACUCCAUCGAAGAAGUAUGGACCUCCUACGACCCGUAACUCUCCUUUCGCAAACUCUUUGUCUCAAGAAUACGGAGUCCCUUCUGCCCGUAAAGCUGAUGCCCAUAGCUUCUCCUCUCCUAAAAGCAAGUCGAAGUUCGCUAGCAGCUCAGCCCGUUCCUUUAAACCACAAGAGGCCCGCUCUUUCCACUCCACCAAAUCCACUGAUGCCCAUGGUUUUGGUUCUCGUUCACCAUCGAACAGUUAUGCUGCUCCCAGUGCAAGGAACUCUGGAUCUUAUUCUCAGGAGCCUAAAGCUCUAUCUCAGACAUACGGUGGUCCCGCUCAACGUGACCUGUCAGAUACCUAUGGAGUGCCAAGUGCGAAGAGUUUGGACCAGGAGUAUGGUGUCCCCUCAAGCCGCGCAGCUGAUCACAAGACCACGGCUAUCGCGUCCUCUUAUACUUCUGCUUCAGCCAGGUCUUCUCCAUUGGACUCCUACAGUGCCUCUGCUGGCCACGAAUCCAUGCCGUCCGAGGAGUACGGAGUACCAGACCAGGACAGCCACUCCGACGAGGGUUACGCCAACGCUAGGAAUGCACUAGAGGAACUGCUUAACCAGGAGCCAGCUAACUACGAUUUUGCCUACAAAGUGAAUGAUUACGAGUCCGGCAGCGACUUCGGGCACACCGAGACCCGGCAAGAGAACAGGGCAGAAGGAUCAUACUUCGUUGUACUUCCCGACGGCACUAAGCAGGUGGUUGAAUACGAAGCUGACGAGAGAGGCUUCAAGCCGAGGAUCUCCGUGGAGCCAGCAGACCUCGCCCGCAGCGGAGGAUACGACGACAAUGCUGCUGACCUCGACAAAUCUGAAGAUGGACCUUAUUAAUGGAGAUAUAGAACUGCUUUUAGAAUGGGGAAAUGAGAAGUAAUGUGGGAAUAUACGGCAGAUUGUAAGGUGAUGAAUAUAAAUGCGACUCCACAUUCAAAUUAGCACAAGGAGGUGACUUGUCGUCUCUGUCACACAUAUAGGUAUGGUAGAGACAGAUAUAUACAUAGGUACAAAGCUGAAUAACUUUUGGGCGUUAGACCAAAUAUUAAAGCGUCUGAUAUAUACGUCUCUUCUAUUCUCUGCAGUGUUUAGUUUUUUUUUCUGUUUCCAAAAUUAUAAUUUUUUAUUGUUUUUUUUUAUGAUCUUGUGUAGUAUCUGAUCUUCGAAUUUAUACCUUGAAAUAGUGAAAGACAUUUGCUUUGUAACCAAGAGCUGGUUUUUAUUGAAAUGUAUGAAAAUUUUGUCCAGUUCAUAUCAUCAUUUUCUUCUCAUUUUAUUAUUCUUGUACUUCUUGUCUAAGGUUCCUAUUGUGAUUGAGUACCGAACGGCUAUGUUAACGGAUACGAUGAGUAAAUACUGAAAUUAUUUAUUGAAUUUUAUAGCAAAUGUAAAAAUAAUAAAAAAAUGUAAAGGGUGAAAUGUACCUCAUAGUUUGUAAGUUGCUUGUCAUGUAGUUUUAGAGCAAAAUAAAAUAAAAACUCUUGUUUAAA